AACAACCCUCGACUCAAAGAACAAGAAAAAAGGCCAUUCAAGACGAAGAAAGACGGGAGAAGCCUCUUGCGGUUGUGUACUACCUUAGCACAUUUGGGUCUUCGGAAUAGUGAGCCACGAAACCAUGGACGGUCGAGGAUACGGCUCUGGUUACUCCAGUUGGGGAGGCGGAGGGUCGGGUAGCAGAGGUUCUGGCAGCUUUGACUUGUAUGGAGGAGGCUAUAAGGACUCGGUGUCGGGGCUCGGGGGCUAUGGAGGUGGUGGGCAGAUGAAGAGAGGUCUCUCCGGGGCCUCCCUGCUCUCAUCCACAGGCACAAAUGCAGACGCCGUUAUCGCCAAGAUUAACCAGCGGCUGGACAUGCUCACCCAACUGGAGGGAGGGAUGAAGGGUGGCCGCGGUGACAGGUUUGACCAGUACGAGUCAUUCGACUCGCGCCCUUCUCUCACCUCUUCCCGAGAUCUCUACAGAUCUGGCGGCGGCAGUAGCUAUGGUUAUGGCGAUGGCCGGGGAGACAACAUGCUGUUGGGUCAGCGCGGAGGCUCAGGCUUCGGAGGGGGAGUUGGGCUAGGGGGAGGAGGAGGCUUCAGCAGCCCCUCCUCGUCCUACGGAGUCGCUAAGAUGCGACAGAAUAUGAGAGAUUCCUUCACCAGUGGCCAGGGAGGAGGUGGAGGAUGGGCUGGAGCAGGCCGACGUUCCCCCAGAAGGGGUGGAAGUGCCGGGGGUCGAGGAGCUGGAGGAGGGUUUGGAGGUCGCAGGUCUGACCCCACCCCAUUAGGAGGAGGUGGGCGGGGAAGUGGUAGCGGUGGCCACUCCCACCGCGGCCAUUCUCCAGGAGGUGGUAGAGGCAAGCUCCCAUCCCUCCUUUCCAACCGCAUGUACCCUGAGAGUGGGGGUUUCCAUCAGGGUUCCACCCAAGGGCCUCACGACUUCCCUGGGAGGCAUUUUGGAGGGGGCCCACGGGCUGGCCGCCAGCGAGGCCGCAAGAGACCCCUCAACAAACAGGUGAAGCCACAGCGCGAUGGCCAGAAAAAGAGAAAGCAGACACUGACUGCAGCUGAUGAACCAGAAUCCAAGAUGAACAAGACAGAGAAUACUAGUACAGAGGCUGCCCAAGAGCCUGCAGAGAAAAAUGGAGAGAGCAGUGAAGCAAAGACUGCAGAUCCUGAGACAAAACCUACAGCAGAUGGAGAGAAAACUGCACCCACACAGGAGGAGAACUCUCAGGGGAAGAAGAAGCAACAGGGCAAACAGACCCCAACCCAAAGCCAAGAGAAGCACCCCAAACUGAGGAAGAGGAGGGGCUUCCUUGAAAGGGUGAUGUUUGCAUGCUCUGUAUGCAAGUUUCGUUCAUUCUACAAAGAAGACAUGGCCACUCAUCUUGAAAGUCGUUUCCACAAGGACCACUUUAAGUUCCUCUCCAGCCAGCUGUCCAAGCCCACCACAGACUUCCUACAGGAGUACUUGUUGAACAAGUGUAAGAAGACUGAGCAGAGGAUUAGUCAGUUGGAAAAUCACAGUGCUGCCAUCUGCCAGGUGUACAAGGAGCAGGACCUCACCAGAGAGCUAGGUAUGGAACAUUUCAUGAGGAAAGUGGAGGCAGCCCACUGCGCAGCAUGUGACCUGUUCAUUCCCAUGCAGCAACACCUAAUUCAGAAACACAUUAAGUCUGCUGACCACAGCUACAACCGCAAGGGUAUGAUGGAACAGUCCAAGAGGGCCAGUCUGUCCGUCGCUCGCAGCAUCCUUAACCACAAACUCAUUGGCAAGAAGCUGGAGAGCUACCUCAAGGGUGAGAACCCCUUUUCUGGUAACCAAGACGAUCAGGAUCCUGAAGAUUCCAUGGUGAUGGACGUGUCUGAAAUGGAGUUAACCGGUGACAACCAGACAGAGGCGGAGCUCACCAAGGAUGAGUCUGCGCCUGAGGGAGUUACAGCGCCAGAGGAGGUGGUUGAGGGUGGAGGAGCAGAGGAGGAAAAGAUGGAGGAAGAGCUAGGUAUGGAGGGAGAGGAAGAACAGGGGGAGCAGCAGCAGGAGGAGCAGCAGGAGGAGGAGGAAGAGGAGGAGGAGGAGGAAGGUUUUGAGGUUGGAGAGGAGGAGGGUUAUGUGGUGGAUGAAAUUGGUGAAGUGGAAGGACAAGGUGAGGUGGAAGAGGAUGAGGAAGAUGAAGGAAUUGAGGCAACGGUAGUGGAGGAGGAAGACAAAAAUGAUGAAUGACUUUUAUCCUCUGUGACCUCUUGACCUUAAAACCUGUCUGGACCAAUCAUUGCCUCCAGUCCCAUGAAACUCCAUUCUGUCUCCAGCCACAUUAAUUUAAUAAAUGUGCCCUACGCCCAAGGUUUUUCACACUAUUAAUAAGCCUGAAUGUCUGUACUUUAAUUUUUAUUCAUAGUGUUUUUUGUGUGCCUUUUUGUUCAUAUUCUUUUUAUUAGGAUCAUGUCUACACUUGUUUAAGGUGUUAUCAACAACACUGUCAAGUGAUGAGAAAUUACUUUUCCCUUUUCAGAGUUUAUACAACGCUAAUGCAUCCUGUUUGUCACCAGUGGUAGUGGUGAUGGUGAUAAAUGACAAUUUUCCCCCAACCUUAUGUUAUAUCUAGAACAGGGCGGGCUUGUGCUCCUACACCUCGGGUGAAAUUUUGAGAGGAGCAUGUCAAUAGAAUAUGGAAAAUGUAGAGCAGGUGUUUGUCAUGUAACAAAGUAAUUUUACUCCAAGUGGGGAAAAAAAUAAACUUGUUGAAUGAAUUACAGUUUCA